UCAUGCAACACUUUCUUUCGCGUGAAAUUUCCUCUCUCCUUCGUUUCUCUCUAACCAAACCACUUCUUAACACAAACCACUUUUGCCGCUCCAUAUGGCUGACCUUGACUAUCAAACCAAGCUUCCUCCUCCACCAUCACCGCCCACUACCACUGCCCGUUUAAAACUCUUCGGCUUUGACGUUUCUGAAGACAAGGAUGACAUAUCAUCACACCCCACCACUAGUCCUACUCCAAAAACUCUAGCCGAGUUCCCUGAUUCUUCAAGCUUUCCUCCUUCCAAUGACCGUAAGUACGAGUGUCAGUACUGUUUCCGGGAAUUCGCCAACUCGCAGGCGCUUGGCGGCCACCAGAACGCGCAUAAGAAGGAAAGGCAGCAGCUCAAACGGGCUCAGUUAUUAGCCAAAAGAAACGCAGCUAUUUCAUUCGCGAGGAACCCUGUGAUCUCGGCGUUUGCUCCUCCGGUGCAUCUCCUGGCCCCGGCUAGGCCUUUGGUGUUCCCCACGGCGGCUUCCGAGGCGGCACAUUCGUGGGUAUACAUUCCACGCGCGGUGGCUCCAGCCUUCCCGGUGUCCCAUGGGUGUCUGAUAGCGAAUAGUGCCCCUGGGGGAUGUGAAGGGGGAUCAGCGCAUGGUGCGCGUGUGGGGGAUUUCGGUGUGAAUUUGAUGGGUGCCCAUUUACAGAGUAGGGCCCAUGGACUGGCACUGGGUGGGCCCCCGUUAUCAAAGGGAGAUGGAGCACCCAGUUUUGACGAUGGAUUAGGCUUGGAUUUGCAUCUGAGUCUUGCUCCGGCUGGGUCAUGAUUUGGGAUCACGGGUGGAUUCAAUCCAAUCCCAAUCAAUAUCUAAAUGUUGAUUUUAAGUUCAAGUUGAAGUUUCAAAUCGAACUUGUUUGAAUUA